CGGAACCCGUUCACCAUGGAGGAGGUGGCGGCGGUAGGCGGCUCGGGGCAUUGGGAAGCGAUAGAGGAAGAAGACUUGGCGGGUGUUCCCUCCCAGAGUCCCAUUGACAGUGGCUGUGUGUCCCAAAGUCUCAGUGCCUACAGCGGAACAUUUGCCAGUCUCCUGACCGAAGAGCCGCAGGAUUUGGAGCAACUCAUAAAAAGCACAUCCACCAACUUUUCUAGCUAUCUCCUCCCAGAUCACAGCGGAAAUGCAGAGAUUCAAGAUUUGGACAAAAGUUUGGAAGAUCUGCUGAUCAGAGUUGAUGAGUUUGUAGGGAUGCUGGAUAUGAUUCGGAACGACACAUCCCAAGUAGUCAAUGAAAGAAUACCUCAAAUUCAUACAAAAGCUGCAGAAAUGAGACAUUUGUAUAAAAAAAUUGACUUGCUUGAGGCUUUUGUAAAGAUGGUGGGAGGCAAUGUUACUUUAAUGGAAGAGCACAUUGCACAAGCAGAAACCAGUGUGGGGUCAUUUUCUAAUCCUUUCAAGAAAAUGUUCCAGAAUAUCAGUUCAGCUUCAUUCUUUUCACCUCCAAAUAAACAAACACCUGCAAGAUCACAGCAUUCAAGAUAUGAGCCACCAAGUGUAUUUAAGACUGAUGAUUUCUUUCCCAGCAGCAGCUGAUAGUUGCUCCAUCACAGAUGUAUGGGUGUGGUAUGAAGCACAAGCUGCUGGAGCAUUGCUGCACAUGGACACUGUAGGACCUGCUUGGAUAAGACAGAACUAGCCAGUCUUCCAGCUUCAUGUCAUGAAGCAUUUUGUUGUUAUUGUAAUUCAAAAAGCAAGUUUUUGAAACUUUUAUUAUUUUGUAUAUUCACUGUAAAAUAGAUAUUUUCAUGCUGCAUUGCAAAGUCUAUGCAAAAUGUAUUUUUCUUUUUAACAACAAAUAAAAUGCCUUCUACAAA